CCUGGAGACUUUCCUUGUCGGCCUAUUAGACGGACUUGUCGUUUCUUUGCUUCAAGCAGCAAUCCGUCGCGAGUGACCCCCGCUAGCCCCCACGGUGGAGAAGGAUUGAUCGUGCAAUUGGCCGACUUUGGCGCAUAGCUGUCGAUAUCAUGACCUGGCAAAUUAAGCUCGCCUCUCAGCUGCGGGCAUCUCCGCUGCGAUGCGCUGUUUCCCGGCCGAAUGGUGGUGCCUGGCUGUCAUGCCAUAACACCCCGCGCCCCUUCUCCUCCAGGGCAAGCCUACCCGCCAGCUCUGGGCUGAGGGAUUCCACCAUGACCAUCUCCCUCACCACGAAGCGCACCCUGACCGCCUCGGCCCCGCGUCGUUUGACCUUGGACAACGUCAACCCCCAUGUUAAGGCUGCCAAGUAUGCCGUCCGUGGUGAGCUGGCUGUCAAGGCGGAGGAGUACCGUGUGAAGUUGGAGAAGGGGGACAAGUCGUUGCCUUUUGACAGCGUGAUUUUCGCCAACAUCGGCAACCCUCAGCAGCUGGACCAGAAGCCCAUCAGCUUCUUCCGCCAGGUGCUCAGUCUUCUCGAAAACCCCACCUUGCUGGAGAACCCCGAGGCUCUUCGUACCACCUUCGGCUACCAGCAGGAUGUCAUUGACCGGGCCAAGGUGCUCCUUGCGGACGUCCAGAGCGUCGGUGCUUACAGUCACAGUCAGGGUGCCCCCAUCAUCCGUAAAAGUGUGGCCCAGUUUAUUGAGGAGCGGGACGGCUUCCCCGCCAACCCCCAGGACCUGUACCUAACCGGUGGUGCCUCCUCCGGUGUCAGCACUCUUUUGAACAUCAUCUGCGAUGGCCCCAGCGCUGGAGUCCUCGUGCCCAUCCCUCAAUACCCUCUCUACACCGCCACUCUUUCUCUCCUGGACGCCCAGUGCGUUCCUUACCACUUGGAAGAGCACAAGGCUUGGGGUACCGAUGUGAACGCCAUCCGUGAGAACCUGGCGCAGGCCAAGGCUGCUGGCACCGACGUGCGUGCCAUCGUCGUUAUCAACCCCGGUAACCCGACCGGUGCUUCUCUCAGCGCUGAGGACAUCAAGGGCGUGCUCGACCUGGCUGCCGAGGAGAAGCUGGUGGUGAUUGCGGACGAGGUGUACCAGACCAACGUCUUUACGGGCGAGUUCAUCUCUUUCAAGAAGAGACUUCGUCAGUUGCAGCAGGAGGUGCCUGGAAAGUACGACAACGUGGAGCUGGCCUCCCUGCACAGUGUCUCUAAGGGCAUGGUUGGUGAAUGUGGUCACCGUGGUGGCUACUUCGAGCUGGUCGGAUUCGACCCCGAGGUCGCGGCUCAGAUCUACAAAUAUGUCAGCAUCAUGCUCUGCCCGCCGGUCAUCGGACAGUGCCUGGUCGAGCUGAUGGUGAACCCUCCCAAGAAGGGCGAGCCCAGUCACGCGGUGUACCAGAAGGAGUACAACGGCAUCCGGGAUGGCCUGAAGCAGCGCGCCUUUGCUUUGUACGAAGCCUUCCAGCGCAUGGAGGGAGUUGAGUGCCAGGAACCUCAGGGUGCCAUGUACCUCUUCCCCACCAUCACCCUGCCCCCUAAGGCCAUCCAGGCCGCCAAGGCCGAGAACCGUGCUGCCGACGAGUUCUACUGCCUCCGUCUGCUCGACGCCACCGGUGUCUGUGUCGUUCCCGGCUCCGGCUUCGGCCAGAAGGAGAACACGCUGCACUUCCGCACGACCUUCCUGGCUCCUGGAACGGACUGGGUUGAGCGGAUUGUGAAGUUCCACUCUGAGUUCAUGGCCAAGUACAAAUAAGGAGACGGACGGUCAUAUAACCUGCACGCGUUAUGAAGAUAUAGAGUUAUACCACUGCCCUGUUCACAAGACAUAGAAGAAUUCCAUCUAGGAACAUCCUGUUAAUUUCUCAAGAGUCCUAUUGAUGCUGCUGUGAUUGUACGUACGUAUUCCCUUCUAGAUUCGAGUAGUCAGGGCCAAAGACAUGUGGAUAUACUAGCGGAAGUAGCCAUUUACUGAUUGGGAGAAUGUCUAUCGAUUCACCCU